AUGAAACGUGUCGAAAUUGGAUACUGCCCGUUGGUCGUCAAAGACAAGCGGGUGUUACGAGUCGACAGUCGUGUAGACCACUUCGGUGCUACAGUUAGUCAAGUGCGCAACGAAUCCGGAAGCCAAAGCAAAGAUACCAGCGGAUCCGUUGUUUGUUUCUUAGUGGCACGUUUGGAACGAGUUCUUGAUACGUAUUCACCAGUUGCGAGGGCACGGACAUUCACACAUCGCUCGGCGCCUAUGCAGUUUCAAUACAAUUCAGAUUACCCCGGUGGUGGUCCGGACGAUAACCGCCUCUUUUCUACCGCCAAAGCCGCAGCAGACGCCGCAAAUCCUCCCGAUUUUCCUCCGGCACAUCCCAUUCCGUGUGCCCGGAUCACUACCCGUGUGUUUCAUCCCAACCGAAAUCAAGUUGCUACCGUGCAAAACGUUCUGGUACGGACCGUCCUCCAAAAUCCAUUACAUUCCUCACCAGCGGUGGCACUAUACAAUGCCGCCGAAAACCACGAGGACUCUUCCAUGAGCAGUAGUGACGGGUUUUCCGACAGCAACGAUGACGACAGUAUGCUGUUGGACGACGGGUCUCGGGGUGCCUCGGGGCCGAUUGGCUUUCCGGGCAUCGCUCCGGCAUCGGCUUCCACCAGAACGGUUCAACAACAACCCAAUGGCGACGACGAUAUGGACAAGGAUGGUGACGAUCGCGCAUACUGGAUACAACGGACCAUUCGUGAUGCGAUUUACGGGCACGUGUUCAUGGCGGUGGUGCUGCGGAGACGAGUACCCAGUCAAGCCGGCAACGACAAUGCCGAAUGGGAAGUUACCGCACAACACUGUGCCGUUAAGGAAAUGAGCUGGCAGCAUAUUCGGAAAGAACGCGAUCGCUUGGCCGAAGACCCCAUAAAGGAAGUCUCUGCUAUGCAAUAUCUGGUAUCCUGGCAUCGAUCCGAACGGAAAGAAUGUGAGCAACAAGUAUUGUCCUCCGCAUCUACAGAACAUCCUCGAGACGGCGUCUCUCGAUCCGUACGAGCCAUGGUGGCAACCAACAUUAUGAUGCCACUGGAUUUGCUAUCGGAUGAUCGGAAUUUAUACAGCGUCAUGCCCUACUGUAAUGGUGGCGAGCUUUUUGAGCGACUCGAUAUGAAUGAACGAUUUAGUGAACCGGAAGCGCGGUAUUGGAUGAAUCAAGUUUUGAAUGGUAUUGAAACUCUACAGAAUGCUGGAAUAUGCCAUCGUGACAUGAGCUUAGAGAACCUUUUGGUACACGAAAAUGGUGCGCUGAUUAUUGAUUUGGGUAUGUGUUUGCGGGUCCCUGUGCAGAAGGAGCAUGGAAGCGACACUCCGGAGGAACAGGCACAAUUUCUGUCGCAGUCGUUUGACACGAUGAAUAUGAACGGAAACAACUCAACGGCGCUAUUAACGCCCACAUCAUCCUUGACAACUACCACCACAACUAUUCGCGGAGGUGCAACCAUAUGCCGGAAGCAGCCGCGCCGAUUGAUUACUCCGCAAGGGACCUGCGGUAAAUGGAUAUAUAUGUCACCGGAAAUAUAUAAGAACGCUGCACCUUUUGAUGGCUUUGCCGUGGAUAUGUGGGCUGCAGGAGUGAUUUUAUUUCUCAUGCUGACAGGAUUUCCGCCAUGGGAGCGCGCGUGCCAGACGGACGAACGCUUCAAAUAUAUGACUGCUGGGUAUCUGGUUCAGAUGCUGACGGAGUGGGACAUUGGCCUUAGUCCGGACGCGAUGGAUUUACUGCAGCGAAUGUUAUUUCUAGAUCCUAAAGACCGCUUGAGCUUGGAGCAAGUGCGGGCACAUCCGUGGAUGGUCAAUGGACCGAGUCAACCGCCAGCGCCACUAGCCGAGUUUUGA